ACUUGUUGAUAAGAGUUACCAUAGAGGCUGUGUCUACCAAUGGUUUUGCUUUGGAGAAAGGGGCCUGGAAAACGCGAGGGUUAUAAAGAGUGGAUUUUCGUUUUUCUUUUGCCUCCGGAGGGGACGAUAAUGGAAUUUCUCCGGGUCCUGUUCUUGCUGUGGGGAGUGGCGGCGUUUUCAGCCGGCGCUAGGGGUCCACCACAGAUUUCUUCACGAGUGAUCAACCGACAGACUGUGAGGUUGGGUCGAACAAUUAAAUUGCCGUGCCCAGUCGAGGGUGACCCCCCACCGUUGACCAUGUGGACAAAAGAUGGCCGCACCAUUCACAGUGGCUGGACACGAUUCCGGGUUUUGCGCCAGGGUCUGAAAAUCAAAGAAGUGGAAGCUGAAGACGCUGGGACCUACAUCUGCAAGGCCACUAAUGGUUUUGGCAGCAUUAACCUCAACUACACCCUCAUUGUGAUUAAUGAUUCAAGCACAGGAAGGAAUGGACAAAAGUUGCCUCAAGGAUCAAAUGGGGAAUAUGCAAAUGAAGAUCCCACAGGAAAACAAUGGGUGAGACCCAGGUUUACACAACCCACCAAAAUGCGUCGCAGAGUGAUUGCCCGUCCUGUGGGCAGCUCGGUCCGGCUGAAGUGUGCUGCAAGUGGAUACCCCCAGCCCGAUAUCACCUGGCUGAAGGACAACAAGCCUCUCAUCCUUCAGGACAUAGGUGAUGCCAAGAAGAAGAAGUGGACUUUGACCCUGAAGAGCUUGCGGCCUGGAGACAGUGGGAAAUACACUUGCCGUGUCUUCAGCAGAGCGGGAGAAAUCAAUGCAACGUACAAGGUCGAAGUAAUCCAGACCACGAGAUCCAAACCCAUUCUAACUGGAACCCACCCCGUAAACACCACAGUUGAUUAUGGAGGUACAACCUCUUUUCAGUGCAAGGUCCGCAGUGACGUUAAGCCAGUGAUUCAGUGGCUGAAGAGAGUUGAAUACGGCAGUGAGAACAAGUACAACUCCACCAUUGAUGUCGGAGGUCAGAAGUUUGUUGUGCUGCCAACAGGGGAGGUCUGGUCCAGGCCCGAUGGCUCUUACUUAAACAAACUGAUGAUCUCCCGAGCAAAAGAGGAGGAUGCUGGGAUGUACAUCUGCUUGGGUGCCAACACCAUGGGAUACAGCUUCCGGAGUGCAUUCCUUACUGUGCUACCAGACCCAAAGCCCCCAAAAGCCCCCGUGGCGAAUUCGUCGAACAGCGGCCUCCCGUGGCCCGUGAUCAUUGGAAUCCCGGCUGGUGCCAUCUUCAUCUUUGGUACCAUCCUCCUCUGGCUUUGCCAGGCAAAGAAGAAGCCGUGCACCAGCCCAGCGGCGACUGUUCUUCACCGGCAGCAGCAGCAGCAGCAAAGGGACCGGGGCUGUGUACCGGAUAAGGAGUGUAUUACCCCCAUCAACUACGAGGAGUACCUGGCUCAGCAGCAGCACCUCCUAGCGUCAGGACCCCCACCACCGGCCCCGAAAAUGUACCCAAAGAUCUACACGGACAUCCACACCCACACGCACUCCCAUGUCGAAGGCAAGGUCCACCAGCACCAGCACAUCCACUACCAGUGUUAGCGAUUGGCAUCUGCUGCAUUUCCCAAUCUCCCAGCAACGGACCUUGAAAGAUCAAGCAACAUCUCUUCGUCAGCCUCCCCCUGACAGGUCCCCAGUCUCUCUCCCUCUCUCACUCUCCCUCAGUCUCUCACACAGGCACACACUCACACAGGCACACACUCACACAGAUACACACUCACACAGGCACACACUCACACAGGCACACACACAGAUACACACUCACACAGAUACACACACACAGGCACACACUCACACAGAUACACACUCACACAGGCACACACUCACACAGAUACACACAGAUACACACUCACACAGGCACACACACAGAUACGCACACACAGAUACACACUCACACAGGCACACACUCACACAGAUACACUCACACAGGCACACACUCACACAGGCACACACUCAUACAGAUGCACACUCACACAGACACACUCACACAGAUACACACUCACACAGGCACACACUCACACAGACACGCACUCACACGGACACACUCACACAGAUACACACACACACUCACACAGACACACACUCACACAGGCACACACACACAGAUACACACACACAGGCACACACUCACACAGGCACACACUCACACAGAUACACACUUACACAGGCACACACUCACAGACACACACUCACACAGGCGCACACUCACACAGAUACACACUCACACAGACACACACUCACACAGAUACACACUUACACAGGCACACACACACAGGUACACACACACAGACACACACACACAGAUACACACUCACACAGAUACACACUCACACAGGCACACACUCACACGGACGCAAACAGACACGCACUCACACGGACACACUCCCACGGACACACACUCACACAGAUACACGCUCACACAGACAUACACACUCACACAGACACACACUCACACAGGCACACACUCACACAGACACACACUCACACAGGCACACACUUACACAGAUACACACCUACACAGACACACAUUCACAGAGGCACACACUCACACAGGCACACACUCACACACACACACACACACUCACACAGAUACACACCCACACAGACACACACUCACACAGGCACACACUCACACAGACAUACACUCACAUGGACACACACUCACACAGAUACACACACACAGGCACACACUCACACAGAUACACACUCACACGGACACAAACAGACACGCACUCACAUGGACACACAAGUCCCACGGACACACACUCACACAGAUACACGCUCACACAGACAUACACACUCACAUGGACACACAUUCACACGGACACACACAAACACCACACACACUCACAUGGACACACACUCACACAGAUACACACUCACAAUCACAACACACACUCACACGGACACACACUCACACAGACACACACUCACAAACACCACACACACUCACACGGACACACUCACACAGACACACACUCACACAGACACACACACACACACACACACACACACGCACAAACAUCACACAAUUCACAUGGACACACACUCACACAGACACACACUCACACAGACACGCACUCACAGACAUAAGACACACUCAUACAGACACGCACUCACAAACUCCACACACACACAGACACACACUCACACAGACACACUCACAAGCACAAAACACACUCACACAGACACGCAAUCACUAACACCACACAUUUGCACAGACAUGCACUCACAAAUGCCACAGACACCCACACCCACUCAUACUCACACUCACACAUACAGACACGCAUUCACAAACACCACACACACACUCACACACAGACACGCACUCACACUAACACACACUCACACAGACAGCACACCCCCACCUACACAGACACACACUCACAAACACCCACACCUACACACACACAGACACACACUCACAAACACCACACACACACACACAUGCUCACAAACACCACACAGACACACACACAGACACACACAUACGCACACGCACUCACAAACCGUGCACACACACAGACAUGCACGUCCACACAAACACCCCGAUGCACCAACACACACACAGCCACACACACAGUACCCUCCCACACACACACACACACACACGCACACCCACACACAUUUACACACACACAUAUACACACAUUUUCACAUAUGCACACCGCCCCCACUUCCACACUCAUACAGGCACACACACUGCCAGUAAACUGAAGGUUACCUGGCAAAAGACCUUGUUGCAAGGAAUUUGGGAGGCAAGAGUGGAAAAUAGAGCUAGCUCUGAAAUUCCUGUGAAAUGAGAAUGUACUUGGAAGCAAGAGGAACCGAGGUUGCAGAGAGAAUGAUUCAAGGUGAUAUUUUAGAAGCGAUUCAUAUCUUACUAAUUGAUGACCCAAGGCGUAUUUUCUUUUCACAAAACAAAACUGCAAGGACUGAAUCAUCUCACACUUCAGAAUCCCAGUUGAAACACCUUUCGAAAUGAAACUGACUUUUGGUGCACAGUCUAUCUAAUUGAACCAUUGCCCCAGGUACUGAGCAAUGACUUUGUUUUGAUAAAUUAUAUUAAAAAAAUGUAAACUACUUGAGGUAUAUUUGAAUACUGUGAGAACUAGUUGGCCUAUGCAGUUAAAUUCUCUUGACACAAAAAUACCUUAUCGACAACACCAAAUAAUAUUUAUAUAUUAUAUAUAUUUCAAAAAUAAUUACUAUUACUUGGAAGUUGAACAGGGAAGAUAUAUUGUAUUUCCAAUCCUACACGUAAUGACCCCUGUGCUUGAGAAAGCCUUCACCACUGGUUAGUGCUAAAUCAAUGUUAACUGUGUUUUGAAUAAAGUUGCUGUCUACAUUAAGUUCCUGGCUGACUUGAUAUUCAGGAUUGUAUAGUCGAUGCUACCAUAUGAACAUCUACUGGACACUAAUGGACACCUUUAACAAAGAACCCCACAAAAUAAGUAUGUCUUGCCACUGCCAUUACAAGGAAAAAGAACAGCAGGACAGUGCUUCAAAUGUAAAACGAUAUGAACUGUCUUGGUGAAAUAUUUAUCACCUUUGAAGGAAAAGAGCAGGCUGUUCUAUUUCAUUGUCACCCACUGCAGAGACACUGGACAAUCAAGGAGGAAAAUUAGUCAGAGUCCAGCAGCUAACCUCUUCCAGUUUCUCCUGGUGGACUGACUUGUGCCUGCUUUUAUCUGCAAUCACACUUUUCUGUCUGUACAAUCAUGUUUCAAUGAUGUUUUAGCAAAUAGGACCUCAGUAGUGCCUUGUGUGGAUUAGAGAGAUGCUAACCACAGAUAUAAGCCUUUUUUUGUUGUAAAACUAUAUAGAUUCUAAACAGAAAGUCAUGUAUAUUUAAUUUAUUUUGUUAAGUGAGAAAAAAAGUGUAUCAUAUUUUCCUCUAAAAACAGGUGUUUCGAUAAAUAUAUUUGAUCAAGGUGAAA